UUUUUUCCAUCCAGAUGUAAGGCUGUUCUUCGAAUAAAAGAUGCAGAUGAGGCCUUCAGCUAUCUCCCAAAUGAGCAGGGAAGUUUCUGAGGGUCAGGAAGGAGAAUCUGUACCUAGCUCCUUGAACACCAUGGGAGGCAUGGCUGCCUGGGUCACUGAAUCUUGGGAGACCAAAAUGAGGCACAAUCAGAUGUGUUGUGAGACACCACCUACUGUUACUGUUCAUGUAAAAUCAGGGUCAAAUAGAACACAUCAGCCCAAAAAACCGAUUAAUCUGAAGCGUCCUAUAUUCAAAGAUAGUUGGCAAGCAUCUGAGAAAAAUGUACAUAGUAACAAAUCAAAACGUCCUAAAGGUCCUUGUCUAGUUAUACAGCGUCAGGAAAUGACUGCUUUCUUUAAAUUAUUUGAUGACGAUUUAAUUCAAGAUUUCUUGUGGAUGGACUGCUGCUAUAAAAUUGCAGACAAGUAUCUUUUGGCUAUGACCUUUGUUUAUUUCAAGAGGGCUAAAUUUACUAUAAAUGAGCAUACCAGGAUAAAUUUCUUUAUUGCUCUGUAUCUGGCUAAUACAGUUGAAGAAGAUGAGGAAGAAUCCAAGUAUGAAAUUUUUCCAUGGGCAUUAGGGAAAAACUGGAGAAAAUUGUUUCCUAAUUUCUUAAAGUUAAGGGACCAGCUGUGGGAUAGAAUUGACUAUAGGGCUAUUGUAAGCAGACGAUGCUGUGAGGAGGUUAUGGCCAUUGCACCAACCCAUUAUAUCUGGCAACGAGAACGCUCUGUGCAUCACAGUGGAGCUGUCAGAAACUACAACAGAGAUGAAGUUCAGCUGCCCCGGGGACCUAGUGCCACGCCAGUAGAUUGUUCACUCUGUGGUAAAAAAGGAAGAUAUGUUAGAUUGGGAUUAUCUUCAUCUUCCUCAUCCAAUGAUACAGCAGAAGUGACGGAAAAACAUUCUCAGGAAUCACAGAACUCGAUCUCAAACAAAAUAGUUGAUCCUUCUCAAGCUUAUAGCUAUUUUCAAGUAGCCAAUGACCAUCAAUCAAACAAAGAAAAGAAUGCUAAUUUUAUGAAGAAAGACAAAUCUAUGGAGUGGUUUACAGGAAGUGAAGAAUGAGAUGGCUGAACUAAAGCAACUUGGAA